AUGGCGUUCACUAACUCACACAAGCUAUGGCACUAUCCGAUCAAAGGCCUCGGCGGCAUCCGCAUCAAAUCCGGAAAGAUUGGGCCGCAAGGCUUUGAAGAUGACCGCACAUUCUGUCUCCAGAAAAUCCACCGGGACCCUGAGACUAAGGAAGUUACUCUAUGGGAGACCAUGUACAGUGGAUUUCACUUGCAGAUGGUGCUGUUCAAGCAAACGCUCGAGGAAGGCGAGGGCGGAAAAAUAAUCAUCGUGACACGCGUUGGACCGGAGAAUCCGGAUCCUGAACAGCUUGAAUGGACGGGCUCGGAGCAUCAGAUUCGCAUCCCGCCGCGCCCUGAAGUCAAAGACUUGGGUGAGACAGAUGCGUAUGACAUGGGUGACAAGGUAUCCACGUGGUUUAGCAAGUACAUGGGAUUCGAGACGCGCAUGGUUUAUAUCGGUGCGAAUUCGCGCGUUGUACUGGGCUCCGGAGCGCCCAAUAGUACAAUGGCGCAGGCGAAGCGAUCGCCGUAUACAGCGUCUUUGCGAAAGCUGCUGCCCUCCUCGCUACUUCCGAAGCCUGAAACGAUUACUUUUCAGGAUAUUGGACAGUACCUUGUUGUGACGAAGGAGUCGAAUGAUGAAGUUAGCUCCCGCUUAGAAGAUGGAAAGGAGAUGGACAUUACCAAAUUCCGUCCGAACAUUAUCGUGUCCGGCAGCCCGGUGCCAUAUGAUGAGGAUUACUGGGCGCAAGUAGUUCUCCCAGGCGGCAUCAAGAUGGAAUUCGGAGGCACAUGCUGGCGAUGCCAGGCCAUUACUGUGGACUAUAAGACGGGUAAAAAAGCGGAAGGUGACGAAGGUUUGGUGUGGAAGAAGUUGGCGUCCGAUCGUCGAGUCGACAAGGGCUGGAAGUAUGGCCCUGUCUUCGGCAAGUAUUCGUACACCGCAAAGAAGGACUACGGCAAGGAAAUUCGCGCAGGUGAUGAGAUUCUGUUGACGAAGCGUGUGAAGGAGCGUCCCGUAUUUGAUUGGCCCCUCGAGAAGGGCAUUAUUAACCUGUUCAAGGAGUCAUAA